AUGGACGACUUUACGACCGAGAUUAUCGCCUCUGCAGAAGGUGCAACUGGCACCAAGGAUAGUUUGCAGCCGAGCCAGCGACAGGACGACAAGUACCACCAGCAGCAAGAAGGGCAGAAGAAAGGAUGGGGAGGAUUGACAGCUUUGCGAGACCGAACCUCGAUCCAGGACCGAUUGGUGGACCGGCUGCUCCAGCAGGUCAUGCCCAUCGAUGGUUCGGUGCAGGACAACAACGAAGCGGUGCCGAAUCCCUUUGAGCGGCCCAACUUCAACCUGACAAUCAUGUCCAACAAUUUCCGACGGUUCAACUCGCGCAUCGGCGUCGUCUUCCGGUUCCAGGAGAAGGUCGAGGCGCUGCUGUCGUGGCAGACGACGUCGCACACGGUUUCGUACCUGGCCAUUCUGACAUUUGUCUGCCUCGACCCGUACCUGCUGGCGGCGCUGCCCAUAGCGUUCCUCGUCUUCGGCAUCCUCGUCCCCGGAUUCGUGGCGCGGCACCCGGCACCCCCCAAGGGGACGCUGUCGAGCGAGCAGAGCAUCGGGUACUCGCCUGCCGGGCCGCCCCUGGCGCCGGCCGCGACGCCCAAGCCGGCCAAGGAGCUCAGCAUGGACUUUGUCCGCAACGCGCGCGACCUGCAGAACCAGAUGGGCGACUUCAGCAACGGCUACGACAAGGUGGUGGAGCUGCUGGUGCCCAUUGCCAACUUCAGCAACGAGGCGCUGUCGUCGACCGUCUUCCUGUUCGCCUUUGUCGGCGGCAUCGCCAUGAUGCUCGCCGCGCACAUGCUCCCGUGGCGCCUCAUCUUCCUCGUCGCCGCCUGGACGCCCGUCGUCCUCUGCCACCCGGCCGUCACGAGGCUCCUCCACCAGGCGCGCCAGAACCAGGGCAAGGCCCAGGAAACGCUCGCCAGGACGUGGCUGGACGGCUGGAUCGCCGACGACGUGAUUCUCGACUCGGCCCCCGAGACGCGCGAGGUCGAGAUCUUUGAGCUCCAGCGCAAGUCGGCCGCCGGCGAGUGGGAGCCGUGGGUCUUCUCGCCGAACCCGUACGACCCGCUGUCCCAGGCUCGCAUCACGGGUGACCGGCCCAAGGGGACGCGGUUCUUCGAGGACGUCAUGCCGCCCAGUGCGUGGGAAUGGAGCGAGAAGAAAUGGGCGCUGGACCUGUGGAGCCGCGAGUGGGUGGAGGAGCGCAUCAUCACGGGCGUCGAGGUCGAGACGGAGGGCGAGCGGUGGGUGUAUGACAUCUGGAGCGAAAAGGGCGACCGGACGGGCGUCAUUGACACGCCGGAACCGGUCCAGAGCAAGGACAUGGCGAUGCGGCAGACGAGCUGGGAGGAAGGCGAGGAUGCGAUAGAAAGGAGAGGCGACUGGAGACGGAGGAGAUGGGUGCGCCUGGUGAAGAGGAAGGCUACUCCAGAGUCUUGA